AAAAUAACGGUUAAAAAAAAACAAGUACUACUCCGUAAAAGAAGAUUCCUUGAAGCAAAUAACGUUUAAUAGCAUCUCGAGGUCAGUCCUUUAAACAAAAAAAGUAAAACCCGCAAAGUGAACAAACAACGCAGCAAAACCGCAAUUGCUUCCCCAUAUCUGCACUCACACAUUAUCACACAACACUCCAUUUCUCAUUUUCUCCUCAUCACUUUGCUCAUCCCUAAACCUCUUCACUACCACUGUACUUCCCACCUUUUUUUUCUUUUUCUUUUCUUUUUUGACCAAUCUCCCUCUCCUUCUUACUCGUAAUUCUUUAUUCCCCUCGGGUUUUCUUUUUAAAUGCAUCACUUUCCUAAAUCGAGUGUAUGUUAUUAUAACAAAGGGAGUCCACUCCUGUACAAAACUUGACACUACUGAACUGUAUCACACUCACUAUUUCCUUUUUUUUUUUUUUUUUUUUUUCUCUUUCUCAUUUUAUGCCAAAACCAACUUCCCUUUUUCUCUCUCUUCUUUUUUUUCUACCAAAAAUUUUUAUUCUGGGUCCAUCAUAAAAUUCCCUCUUUUUCUUGCUUUCUGUCUCUAUUAAUCACUCAAUUUCAGUAACUCAUUUUUUGUAGUUGAGGGUCUUCAAAGAGAAACUCACUUAAUGCCAAAUUCCUCUUAAUACAACAAAAGCGUUGUAAAAAAUCUAAAAAUUGGUUUACCAACACUUUUUUCCGUCGGUUUCUUCUGAAAUGAGUGAAAUCCAAAAUUGCUAAAAGAACUCACUCAUUUCACUGAAUUUCAUCUGGGUUUCUUCUACAUUGGUGGAUUUCUCUGCAUUUUUGGCUCCCCUGUUUUUUCACAAGGAAGCGAGAUAAAUGAAGUGGAGCAAUGGGAAUGGCUAAGUUCUCUCUGAUGGUGAAGAUAUUUAGUCGAUGUCAUGAAAAAUAGUAUUUAGUGAGGAUAACUUGUUCCUGUCAGCCUCUCCCUUCAGAUGCAAUAGUCAUAGAGGCUUUCUUAUUGAGACAGAAUAUUGAAACCACGGCACUGCCUCAUGGUUUUAUUUCUGCAUCUAGCAUCUUAAUAUAGCUUCAGCAGAAAAUCCACCAUGAAGCGUCAAUCCUCCUUGCUAGAACUUUCCGUCUUUCUUAUCCAAGUUGCUAUACUUCCUCUCAUUUGUGCUGACUUGAACUCAGACAGGAAAGCUCUUCUUAACUUUAUAGCGAAUGUUCCACAUGGCCGAAAGCUUAACUGGGAUGUUGCUUCCCCAAUAUGCACCACUUGGGCUGGUAUUACUUGCAAUACUGAAGGAACCCGUGUCGUUGCUGUCCAUCUCCCAGGAAUUGGUCUUGUUGGCUCUAUACCAUCCGGCACCAUUGGGAAACUAGACGCACUUGAAAUCCUAAGUUUAAGAUCAAACAGCCUUCAUGGAAAAAUUCCCACUGAUGUUGCUUCUUUACCAUCACUGCAAUCUUUAUUCCUCCAAUCAAAUAAUUUCUCCGGGAGCAUUCCCGAAACACUAUCUCCUAGACUUAUGUUGGUCGACUUAAGCUUUAAUUCCUUCACAGGAAGAAUUCCACCAACUAUCAAUAAUUUGACAAGGCUUAUGGUGUUAGAUCUCCAAGAUAAUAUGCUUUCAGGACCUAUCCCUGAUCUUAACCCUCCAAGGCUCAAGGUUUUAAACAUAAGUUACAACAAGUUAAAUGGCGAAAUUCCAUAUUCACUGAAGAAGUUCCCUAGUUCAUCAUUUUUGGGGAACUCCUUAUGUGGGUCGCCUCUGGACAAUUGCUCCUCGAGUAGCCCAUCACCUGCUCCAGCUUCCUUGGCAUCUCCGUCAACACUCCCUAUGAAGAGCAAAACUGGCAAUCGCGGGAAAUUGAAAAUAGGUGCCAUCAUUGCUAUAGUAAUAAGCAGCACUUUUGUGUUGUUUCUUGCUAUAGUGAUUUGCUUAUUAUGCUGUUUGAAGAGAAGAAAUGUAGAAGAUAGUGCGGUUGAUAAAGGGAAAGAAGCGAAUGCCAAGAAGGGUAAAAACCAGUUGCCAAAGGAAGACUUUGGGAGUGGUGUGCAAACAGCUGAGAAGAACAAAUUGGUCUUCUUUGAAGGAUGCUCAUAUAACUUUGAUCUUGAGGACUUGCUUAGGGCUUCAGCGGAGGUUCUUGGGAAAGGGAGCUAUGGAACAGCAUACAAAGCAAUUUUGGAUGAGGGAAUUGUUGUGGUGGUAAAACGGCUGAAGGAGGUGGGAAUUGGAAAGAGGGAAUUUGAGCAACAAAUGGAGAUGGUUAGCAAGGUUGGUCAACAUCCAAAUCUUGUGCCUCUUCGGGCUUACUAUUUCUCUAAGGAUGAAAAACUUCUAGUGUACGAUUACAUGCCUGGUGGUAGCUUAAGUGCCGUCUUGCAUGGCUAUGGUUACAAUGGAAAGACUCCCCUAGAUUGGAACUCUAGAAUUUCAAUUGCACUAGGAGCUGCACGAGGAAUACUCCACGUCCACUCUGAAGCCGGUGGUAAAUUCAUCCACGGAAACAUCAAGUCCUCCAAUGUCCUCCUCACACAAGAUCAUGAAGGCUGCAUCUCUGAUUUCGGCUUACCUCUAUUGAUGAAUUUCCAAGGCAUCACCUCGAGGAGCAUAGGGUACCAUGCACCAGAAGUGAUUGAAGCAAGAAAAGCUAGCCAAAAAUCAGAUGUUUACAGCUUUGGAGUACUUCUUUUAGAGAUGCUUACCGGGAAAGCCCCUCUAAAGACUAGUCACGGACAAUGUGAUGUGAUUGAUCUCCCUCGAUGGGUGCAAUCAGUGGUGAGAGAAGAAUGGACUUCUGAAGUGUUUGAUGUAGAGCUGCUUAGGUGUCCAAACGUGGAAGAGGAAAUGGUGCAGAUGUUGCAGAUAGCACUGGCUUGUGUUGCAAGAGUUCCUGAUAUGAGGCCUAGAAUGGAAGAUGUUGUUAGGAUGAUUGAGGAAAUUAGACCAUCUGAGUCAGAAGAGAGACCAUCUUCUGACGAGAACAAGUCUAAGGACUCUAACGCGGGUACUCCAACCCCCUGAUUCUUCUCAAUGCCUUCGCGUUGGAGCUAAGUUCUCUGACUGGUCAUCGGAGAAUGAUUUGUGAUAGCCAUAUCGUAAAGGUGAUAAUGCUUAUUCCUAAUUUAUGCAUUUUUUUUCUAGGCUUGUGCAACUGUUUGUUGAGCAGAUAAGCUUCUAGACUGGAGUAAUGUUAAAAGGCACUUGUGUAAAAAAAUACGUUUGAUUAUAAGCAAUGCAUGAAUUGUGCUUUGGCCUUUGGGAACA